AAUGACUGCAGGUCUUUGGAAGCUCAACACUGUUAUGCUUGAACUUCUCAGUCUAGAUGGUUCUGCAGGCAGCUAAGAUAUUACUCCAGCAGCAACAGAAGAGUGGUUUGAACUCUGCAAAGAGCCACACUAAACCACGGCCCCUGCAGGGUUCAAUGACAAUGAUGAGUCCUCAGCAGAUGCAGCAGCUUCUGUCCCCGGGUCAGCUCCAGGCUCUGCUCCAGCAACAGCAGCACGCUAUCCUGCUCCAGCAGCUCUCUAGGCAGCAGCUAGUGUUCCAGCAGAUCCUCCAGCAGGAGCUGUUCAAAGUGCAAAGACCAGGCCUGGCCUCCCACACCUUGUUUCCAGCUGGCUUGAGUACUAUUGAGCUCCAGCAGAUAUGGAAGGAGCUAACCAACAGCACAAUGGAAGAUAAAAGCACAAAGGACAGCUGUCCAGACCGUAUCAUCACUCUGUCCCCUACUGAACCCGUAACCACAGCCAAAGCAUCAAUGUCAAACACCCACAACUUCCCUACCAAUGGCCAAUCUCUUAGUUCCAGCCCAAGAGAAGGGUAA